AUGUCGGGCGCCGGGGCCAAGCGGGGAGCGGCGGAGCCCGGCGGGGCCGGGGGGGGGCCCCCGGAGAAGCGGCCCCCCCCGCCGCCGCCCCCCCCCCGCGAGGAGCAGCCGCCCACCACCCUCAUCGAGCCGCUGCGCCUCGGCGGCAUCUCCUCCACCGAGGAGAUGGACCUGAAGGUGCUGCAGUUCAAGAACAAGAAGCUGGCCGAGCGGCUGGAGCAGCGGCAGGCGUGCGAGGACGAGCUGCGCGAGCGCAUCGAGAAGCUGGAGAAGCGCCAGGCCACCGACGACGCCACGCUGCUGCUGGUCAACCGCUACUGGGGGCAGCUGGAUGCCGAGGUGCAGGCGCUGCUGCGGCGCUACGAGGGCGACGGCGCCGCCCCCCCCGCGCCCCCCCCAGACCCCCCUGAGCCCCGGGCGGAGGGGGCUGAGCCCCCCCCCCCCCCCCCGGGGGAAAACGAGGGGACCGACAGGAGGGGGCCGGCGGCCGCCUUCGUGGCGGCGCUGAGCCGCAGCGGCCCCGAGGAGGGGGAGCUGCGCCUACGCCCCCGCCUCGCCUUCGCCCCCGCCGCCGUCGCCCGCCUGGUGGAGGGGCUGGCGGGGGCCCACCGCCGCACCCAGGAGCUGGGGGCGCGCCUGGCGGCCAGGGCGGAGCUGGGGGAGCCGGGCCGGGCGCUGCUGCGGGAGCUGCUGCGGGAGCACCGGCGCCUCCAGGACCUGGCCCUGCAGCUGCAGGAGAAGCACCACCGCGUCUCGCUGGAGCUGGCGGAGCUGCAGGACAAGGCGACGUCGGCCGAGACCAAGGUGCUGGAGAUGGGCACCACGGUGGAGGGGCUGCAGUGGGACAGCGCCAAGCUCCGCAAGCGCGAGGGGCGCCUGGACCGGCACCUGGCCGAGGCGCUCGAGCAGCUCACCUCGGGCUCCUACGGCUCCGGCAGCUCCGGGGGCUUCCAGGGGGGACAGAUCACGCUCAGCAUGCAGAAGUUCGAGAUGCUGAACGCGGAGCUGGAGGGGAACCAGGAGCUGGCCAACAGCCGCAUGGCCGAGCUGGAGAAGCUGCAGCAGGAGCUCCAGCAGGCCGUGCGGGGCCACGAGCGCCUCAAGGUGGCCCUGCGCUCGCUGCCGGAGGAGGCGGUGAAGGAGACGCUGGAGUACAAGGUGCUGCAGUCCCAGUUCUCCCUGCUCUACCACGAGAGCCUGCAGGUGAAGACGCAGCUGGACGAGGCCCGCGCCCUCCUCCUGGCCACCAAGAACAGCCACCUGCGCCACAUCGAGCACAUGGAGAGCGACGAGCUGGGGGUGCAGAAGCGGCUGCGGACGGAGGUCAUCCAGCUGGAGGACACGCUGGCCCAGGUGCGCAAGGAGUACGAGAUGCUGCGCAUCGAGUUCGAGCAGAACCUGGCGGCCAACGAGCAGGCGGGCCCCAUCAACCGUGAGAUGCGCCACCUGAUCAGCAGCCUGCAGAACCACAACCACCAGCUGAAGGGCGACGUGCAGCGCUACAAGCGCAAGCUGCGGGAGGUGCAGGCCGAGAUCAACAAGCUCCGCCUCCAAGCCAGCGGCGCCCCGCCCCCCGCGGGCCCCGCCCCGCCCCCUCCCCCUCCCCCAUCCACCUCCACCUCCGCCCCUUCCGCUCCCCCGGAGGAGCCCCCCCCCGGCGGGGCCGGAGCCACCCCAGGCCCCGCCCCUGUUAAAGAAGAAGAGGGCGGGGCCCCGCCAGGCCCCGCCCCCCCGGAACCCAAGCGGGAGGGGGCCCCGGCGGCCACGACACCCACCCCUGUCGAGGCGACCCCCCCGCCCCGGCGGCCGGCCGAGGAGGAGGAGCCCCCCGCUCCCGCCCCCACCCCCGCCCCUCCCCCUCCGCAGCCCCCUCCCCCGCCCCGCGUCAAGGAGCCCCCCCCCGCCCCCCUCCCCCGCCCCGGGGUGUCCCGGGGGGGUCCUGAGCGGGAGCGGGCGCGGGAGCGGGAGCGAGAGCGCCCCAAGGGGCCCCCCGACGAGCCCAAGAAGAAGGACUCGGAGGUGCUCAAGCAGCUGCGUGGCGAGCUCAAGAAGGCGCAGGAGAGCCAGAAGGAGAUGAAGCUCCUGCUGGACAUGUACAAGUCGGCGCCCAAGGAGCAGCGCGACAAGGUGCAGCUGAUGGCGGCCGAGAGGAAGAGCAAGGCCGAGGCGGAGGAGCUGCGGGGCCGGGCGCGGGAGCUGGAGGAGCGGGAGCGGCGCGAGAGCAAGAAGCUGGCGGACGAGGAGGCGCUGCGGCGCCUGCGCCAGGCCGAGGAGCAGAUCGAGCACCUGCAGCGCAAGCUGGCGGCCACCAAGCAGGAGGAGGAGGCGCUGCUGUCGGAGAUGGACGUGACGGGCCAGGCCUUCGAGGACAUGCAGGAGCAGAACCUGCGGCUGCUGCAGCAGCUGCGCGAGAAGGACGACGCCAACUUCAAGCUGAUGUCGGAGCGCAUCAAGGCCAACCAGAUCCACAAGCUGCUGCGCGAGGAGAAGGACGAGCUGGCCGAGCAGGUCCUCGCCCUCAAGGCGCAGGUGGACGCGCAGCUGCUGGUGGUGCAGAAGCUGGAGGAGAAGGAGCGGGUGCUGCAGAGCAGCCUGGCCUCGGUGGAGAAGGAGCUGGCGCUGCGCUCCCAGGCCCUGGAGCUCAACAAGAGGAAGGCGGUGGAGGCGGCGCAGCUGGCCGAGGACCUGCGGGCGCAGGGGGAGCACGUCCAGGCCCGGCUGCGGGAGCUGCAGGCCUGCGCCGCCGAGAACCGGGCGGCCAAGGACAAGGAGUCCCUCAGCCUCAAGAGAGCCCAGGAGGAGCUGUCGCGGCUGCGGCGGAAGCUGGAGAAGCAGCGGAAGGUGGAGGUGUACGCCGACGCCGACCAGAUCCUCCAGGAGGAGAUCAAGGAGUACCGGGCCCGCCUGACGUGCCCGUGCUGCAACGCGCGCAAGAAGGACGCCGUCCUCACCAAGUGCUUCCACGUCUUCUGCUUCGAGUGCGUCAAGAGCCGCUACGACACGCGGCAGCGCAAGUGC